UUUAAAUAGAUACAUUAGGUCUAUUUAACCCUGUAAGACCAAAAUAUAGAACAAAGUAUUACACAAGUAAUCAUCAGUCUCCCUCCAGCUGCACCAAGUGAGCUCUUCUAUGAAGAGAAUCAACACCAAUAAAGCUGAAGGACCAGAUAGGGUGUCGGGUCGCACUCUGAAAUUGCAACUGGCAGGAGUUUUUCUGGACAUUUUCAACCUGUCCCUGCAGCUUGCUACAGUCCCCGUCAGCCUCAAAACCUCCAUCAUUGUGCCUUAAAAAUCAGCAGUCACCUGCCUGAACGAUUAGCGCCCUGUUGCUCUGACUCCGGUGAUUAUGAAGUGCUUGGAGAGGAUCGUCCUAAAGCACAUCAAGGACGUCAUCCUGCUGGUCUGGAUAAAUAUCAGUUCACCUACAGGGAGAACAGAUCAACAGGAUUCAGUCUCCAUGACUCUUCACACAGCCCUGACCCACCUGCAGCUUUCUAACACCUAUGUGAGGAUGCUGUUUGUGGACUUCAGCUUUUAAUACGGUGACACUGAAGCUCCAUAACCUGGGACUGUCCACAUCACUGUGUCACUGGAUCAGGGAUUUACUCACCAACAGGCCUCAGAGGGUGAGAUGGGAGACAGGAUGUCCUCCACGCUGGUCCUGAGCACAGGAACACCACAGGGCUGCAUUCAGUCCAGCCCUCUUCACACUAUUCACCAGCGACUGCAUCUCCAUCCACUCCACAAACACGGUGGUGAAGUUUGCUGACGACACCACCGUAGUGGGUCUCAUAUGGGACAAUGAUGAGACGCUCUACAGAGAGGAGAUCCAGCACCUUAUUCAGCGGUGUUCAGAUAACAACCUUGUUCUGAACACCAGCAAGACCAAGGAGGUCAUCGUGGACUACAGGAGGUCCAGGAGGACUACAGGAGGUCAUGGAGGACUACAGGAGGUCACGGUGGACCACAGGAGGUCCAGGAGGACUACAGGAGGUCCAGGAGGACUACAGGAGUUCAUGGUGGACUACAGGAGGUCCAGGAGGACAGAGCAGCUCCUCUCCUCAUCAAAGGGGAAGCGGUGGAGCGUGUUCUGCAGUUAAUGUCUUCUCUGGAAUUUUUACACUUUGAGGGCCGGUUUUGGGCCGCGGGCUGCAUGUUUAACACCGUGCUGUAGAUGCAUUCAGACACUCAAUUCCAAAUACUGUUGCUUUGAAUGCAACCUGCCGGAAGCCCCGCCCACACCAAGCUCCACCAAUCAAUCGGUUAUGUGUAAAUGACUUCUGGCUUCUGAUUAGAGGGUAGUUCUGCCAAUCAUAUUCAAGGAGGCGGGUCUUGCCUGAAAGGCAAUCAAAAGGGCCCAAAGACACUAGAAGCAGUUGUCAUGGCAACGUUGUGUGUCAGUCCGUGCAUGUCAAAUGAGAGCAAAAGUUAGUGUUUACUAGCAGCCUAGCUUAGCUGACUAGCUGGUUGUUGUUGGGUAACUAGUCUUAUCUGGGUCAUAAUGGGAGGAGGAACACCGCUGGCUAAAUAUGCUGCGUCGCUUGUGAGCUAGUCGUCGUCGAAAUCAAAGAACUGAAGACGGUUCGUUAGCCGUUAGAACCGGAGACAUGUCCAACCUGCCCCCGGUUCGGCAUUUGCCCCACUGGACCAGAGUCGGGCGCCUCGGGAAGCCUCGCUCCCCGCGACGGGUACCGGCCGACCAGCUGCAGCUGCAGCCGCUGCCUGCUGUGCCCCCGGCGGACAGAGGAGCGGGGCCAGCGGCCGCAGAGGAGCCCCGGCACAGCGGCUCCGACCCCCGGGUAGAGUCCCUGCAUAGGAACCUCCAGUUCCUCCAGCAGCAGCACCAGGACACUCUGGAGAAGCUCCACGCAGAAAUAGAGUAUCUGAGGCGGGAGAAUAAAGAGCUGCAGUAUAAGCUGAUAAUGGAGCUGCCCAAGUCAAGUAGAAAAGGAUUGACUCCCAGUCGUCGUGACGUCAGACCACCCACUCAGGGCAGAGAAGCCCACGCUGGACUCUACCUGGAGGAGCCGCUGCAGGACACCCGAGCCUCUCAGGACCAGGCUGUCAGCAUCGGAGAGGGCCGUGAAGCUGUGGGCUCGGCCUGGCAUCAGGACGACGGCGCUGAGAUGACGGGACGCCUCAUCACUUCGUUCCAGCCUCUACGGAUCCACAGCAGCCCGUCCCGUCCACCACGGCCGCCCACGCUGCAGGAGUGUGAGGUCAUCAUCCGGCAGCUUUACAACGCCAACAGCUUACAGUCUCAGGAAAUCAUACGUGUGAAGGCGCUGCUGAAAGACAUCGUUCUGAGCAAGAAACUCACCCCAGAGAACUACAUCCUGACCAAGGCCUACCUCGUCGAUGGAACCUGCAAAUCGUUUGAAGACAAGAAAUUUCCAAAACUUGGUCUUCCGCUACUUCCAGAAAAAACGUCUGCUCCCUCCCAGUGUGGAGUCGUCCUCCCAGCCCUGAAGCAGAGCCUCGGCUCCACCAUCGCAGAGAGACAGAGGAGGAUUCGUGCUGUGCAGAGAGACCGGUUUAAAAGGACAGUGCAUUGACGGGAUCAGAACCGCCACAGUGAGGAGCUUUUAAUGGUCUGGAAAACCUCAGGUCGCAAAACAAAUAAACCCCCACUAAUAGAUAACAGUUUAAAACUAUUUCUGAUCCACGUUUUCAUGUUUCAUGUUUUAAAGAAGACGCUAAUUGCCAUUUUGACUCGUCACAGCAGGAAAAGCACAGAUUGCAUGAAUAACAUCAAUGAUGGCUCAGUUCUAAUAAGUGUCCUACGAAGCUUUGACAGAAAACCAGCAGGCACAGUUAGCAGCAGGGCGUCCUGUAAAUGGAGCCAUCACCAAAACAUUGUUGGUUAUCCUGCUAUGACAUCACUAUGUCUGCUUUUAAACAGGUCUGUAGGUCUUGAAGCACAGAAUCAAACAAAUGAAGGUUUAUAGACUUAAAACAGGGCUGUCAAACUCAGUUUAAUUCAGGUUCCACAUUCAGCCCAAUAGUAAAAUCACAGCAUAAUAACCUAUAAAUAACCACAACUCCACAUUUUCCCUUUGUGUUAGUGCAAAAAUGUACCUUCUGUACACAUUACAACUUAUAGAUCAGAGUUUCUACAAAGGCACAAAUAUUUAGUCACAGCUAUCUGGAACUGAAUAAUCUAGUAUUUUACUGUAUGAUCAAAACAACAAAAGUCAGACAAGAAAAGACAAAAAACAAUUAAAACAGGACAAAACAUUACAAAAAUUAGACACAAAACGACAAAAAAAUAGACAAACAACACAAGUGAGUCAAAAAAACCCACAAAACGACAAACGAUACACAAAACAACGAAUGAAGCAAAACUCAAAAUGACACAAAUAAGACAGAAAACAGAAGCGAGACAAAAAGGAAACACAAAAAUGAGAAACAAAACAAAAACAUGAGACAAACGACAAAAGUCAGACAAUAUAUUACAAAAACGAGACACAAAACCACAAAAGUGAGACACAAAAUAACAAAAAAUGAGACAAACAACAUGAAACAAAACAAAAAAAAGAUGAAAAGUUACAAAGCAACAAAAAAAUGGACAAACAACACAAGCAAAAUGAAAAAAGACACAAAAUGACAAAAAAGACAAAAAACAAGAAAAGCAAGACAAAAUAUUACAAAAAUGAGACACAAAAUGACAAAAGAACAAUGAACAAUCUAAUAUUUUACUUUAUGAUCCAAACAACUUGUCGUGGUCUAGAAAUCAUUCUAAAUUUAUAGUUUUACUAAUUUACAAUCUGCAGUUAAUGUCUUCUCUGGAAUUUUUACACUUUGAGGGCCGGAUUAGACCCUCUGGAGGACCGCUGUUGGCCCGCGGGCCGCAUGUUGGACACCCCUGACCUAAAAGCUUUAAAAUCUCCUCAUAUAAAGAAGGUGAGAAUCCUAGCUUUGCACUGUCGUAGUAUAUUCAUUUAUUUAUAUUUUUAUCAAGCAUUGCUUUGUAGGACAUCUCAAUGUUUAAAUGGUAAUAUCUACUGUUCACUGCACGAUUAGAAUUCUGCCAAUUAUAUAGAAAUAAUUACAUGUCACUUUUAAAACUACAAAAUCUUCUUCAGUGCUAAAACCCAAAACAAAUCUUACACAGGAGAGACUUUUUUUGUAGCAGACAACACUGUAUGGAGCAGGUGUUAUCAGUUAUCAGCGCAAAUGAAAGAUUAACACAAAAUAAAUGAGUUGUCUCAACAAAAACAAAGAGUGUUUUCUUUGUGAUUUGUUUUCUCACAGACUGGGAAGGUGCCGCUUCCUCUUUCUACAAGUCUUUUUAGUUGUACGUGAUACAAAGUCAGCAACAGCUCACCCUGCUUUCUGUAGCUGCAUUCCUGCUACUUUAAUGUCAAUUAUGCAAAUAUAUGUUAUCAUUUCGUAUCAUUUACAGCCUUCACAAGUUGCUUCAGCAUUAUAGACGUGCCAAUCGUGCAGUUUACUGUGAUAAUUAGUGCAGCUGUUCUCCGUUUGGACAUUUUAAGUGGCCGUUGUGUUGUUAAUUUGAUGCAAACGUGAUGAUCGUGCCUGAUGUGGAGCCUUCAUGUUCUCACUCAUACACUUUGUUUCCUGUAUCCUUUCUUUUCUGAAGAGGCUUCUGUAGUAACUGAUAGAUAAUAUGCAUAGAGUAUAUAGUGUGUGCUGCGUAAAAUUAAAUAGAACAACAUGAACUCCACAAAACCCACAAACGACAUACAAAUAUUCAGCAAAGGCCUUCAUUAGUCUUCCUUAGAUCUGCAUGUCAGAGAAGUUUUCAUGUAAAAAAGACAGAAACAUCCACCGUCUUCCUAAGUGGCCUCUCCACUGCAUGUCUGUGGAACUAUUUAGUGACAAACUCUAGAGUGUGGUUGAACAGUAUUAACCUGGUUUGACUCCUCUGAACACACACACAUGCUGCAGAGAGUCGACUCUGAAGGACCAAACCUGCGGCUUCUUUUAGUUGUAGCUAGAAGUAUGAGGAAGUGGUUGUUUAAAAGCUGUAAACAAAAGACACAACACACUGAAACGUGAAGAAAGAAUUCAUGUGCUUUACAGAAAUGUAUUUUAGGACACGUUACAACUCACUACUACGUCUCUCGCAUCUCACACAGCUUUGUUUAUGUUGUCAUGGCUCAGAUCCAGUUAACCCUCCUGCCGUCCUGCGGGUCAAAAUUGACCUGUUUUAAAGUUUGAAAAUGUGGAAAAAAUAUAUAUUU